UCUGCAGACAUAAUGGACACAGUAGAUCUGAUGAUUGAGACGUACCACCCAAACACCAGGGAGGUCACGAAGAAGAUCCUGAAGAAGAUUGAAAAUAAUAAAGACAAAGUUACACCUGAAGUAGAGGACCAGAUUACUCCAUCAUCUACAAAUGAAGAGAAAGAGCUCAACAGGAUGCUUAGUAACUUUGUGAGGAAGGUAUCUAUAGAAACCUUGACACAACUCAUAGAGAAUCUCAAGAGGGCAAACAUCUUGAAGUCAUCUGAUGAGGAGGCAAUCUUUCAAAACCACACCAGAGUAAACAUGGCCACCUGCUUAGUUGACAUUGUAAUGGAAAAGGAAACCAAUGCCUACAAAGAGAUGAUUCAUUAUCUUCAAACCAUCGAUCCACAACUGUGGUCUGAACUACAGUCAUCUUCUAUUGCGGGUCAAGAGUCUGGUGAACAUCUCUUCGACAAUAAAACGGAUAAGACUGAGAAACCCCAAGUAGAAGAGCAGCAGGAAGGCCAACAGGACUCGGAUAUUGUUGGUCGGUGUCAAAGUGACCUUAAAGAGUCUCUAAAGAAGACGCUGCUAUAUCUUCGUGAAGACAUUGUUGAAGCUCGAAAUCAAACCUUUCAGAAUCAGAUCUCCACAGAACUGUACAUCACAGAGGGAUUGAUUGGAGAGGUCAACGAUGAAAAUGGAGUCAGACAGAUUCAAAAAUUAUCCAGGAAACAUGGAUCAACAAUAAGACAAGAAGACAUUUUCAAACUCCCUCCUGGAAGAGAGGAACCAAUCAGAACAGUGAUGACAACGGGUGUGUCUGGAAUUGGGAAAACGGUCUUAACACAGAAGUUUAUUCUGGAUUGGGCUGAAGACAAAACCAACCAGGAUAUUCACUUCGUAUUCCCAUUCACUUUCGGAGAGCUGAAUGCCUUGAAAGAGAAAACGUUAAGCUUGGUGGAACUUAUCAAUCUCUUCUUUUCUAAAAGCAAAGAAGUGUCCAACUUUGAACACUUAAAAGUUUUGUUCAUCUUUGAUGGUCUGGAUGAGAAUCGCCUUCCUCUGGACUUCCAGUACACACAAAUCCUGACCAAUGUUACAGAGUCCACUUCGGUGGAUGUUCUGCUGACAAACCUCAUCAGGGGGAAUCUGCUUCCCUCUGCUCUCAUCUGGAUAACCACACAACCUGCAGCAGCCAAUCAGAUCCCAGAUGAGUUUAUUGACAUGGUGACAGAGGUUAGAGGGUUCACUGACACACAGAAGGAGCAGUACUUCAGGAAGAGAUUCAAAGAUGUGCAGAAGGCAAGCAGAAUCAUCUCCCACAUGAAGACAUCGCGAAAUCUCAACAGCAUGUGUCACAUCCCAGUGGUCUGCUGGAUCACGGCAGAUGUUCUGGAGAAUGAGCUAAAGUUCAGAGAGGGAGCAGAGCUGCCAAAAACUUUAAGUGAGCUGUACAUUAAGUUUCUGGUCAUGCAGAAAGACGCCCAGAAGCAAAAAUACGGCGAUGGAGCUGAAAGUGCGUACAUCAGGCAGAAGAUGGUUGGGUCUCUGGGAAGACUGGCUUUGGAGCAGCUGCUGAAAGAGAAAUUUAUCUUCAAUAAAUCAGACCUCAAAGAGUGUGACAUUAACAUCAAAGAUGCCUUGUCGUUCUCAGGAGUGUUCACUGAGAAAAUUCAAGAGGUGAGAGGUUUGGGCAAAACUUCAGUCUACUCCUUUGUUCAUUCAAGCAUCCAGGAGUUUCUGGCUGCAGUCUACAUGGUUCACUGUUUCGCCAUUAGGAAUACAGAGGUGAUGGAGAGCUUCCUAAGAGAAAACCAUAAUUACUCAUCUUUGGAUGAGUUCCUGAAGAAGGUCAUGGAGAAAUCCCUCAGGAGUAAAAACGGCCAACUAGACGCGUUUGUUCGCUUUCUUCAUGGCCUUUCUGUGGAAUCAAACCAGAGACUCCUUGGAGAGCUGCUGAGGAAGAUAGAAAACAACCCUGAAAUCAUUCAGAGAAUCGUCAAAAAUCUGAAGCAGAUGAACACUGAUGAUAUCUCUCCAGAGAGAAGCAUCAACAUCUUCCGGUGUCUGACAGAGAUGAAUGACCUGUCACUUUUUGAGGAGAUCCAACAGCUCUUGGAGUCAGGGAAGAAGCUUUCAGAGAGCCAGUGCUCAGCUCUGGCGUACAAGAUGCAGAUGUCAGAGAAUGUUGUUGAUGAGUUGGACCUGGAGAAGUACAACACAUCAGAGGGGGGAAAACUGAGACUGGUUCCAGCUGUGAAGAACUGCAAAAAGGCUCGACUUGGUAGCUCUGAUCUCUCAGAGACUGAAUGUGAAGUUGUGGCCUCAGCUCUGAAGUCCACCCCCUCCCACCUGAUUGAUCUGGAAAUAAGUAGGUUCUCUGAACUGAAAGACUCUGGAAUGAAGCAUCUGUGUGAGAUCCUGGAGAGUAAAUUCACUAAAGUGACGAGUCUAAGAUUGAAGUGGUGCCGGUUGUCAGAGAUCAGCUGUGCUUCUCUGGCCUCAGCUCUGAAGUCCAAACCCUCCCCUCCGACAGAACUGGAGCUGAGCAAGAACUACGACCUGAAAGAUGCUGGAGUGAAGGAGCUGUGUGGUUUUCUACAGACUCCUGUCUGCAAAAUACAAAAACUGACAUUGAAGGAGUGCAGGCUGUCAGAAAUCGGCUGUGCCUCUCUGGUCUCAGCUCUGAAGUCCAACCCCUCCUACCUGACAGAACUGGACCUGAGUGAGAACAAAGACCUGAAAGAUGCUGGAGUGAAGGAACUCAGUGGUUUUCUACAGACUCCUCUCUGCAAAAUACAGAUGUUGAGACUGAACGGCUGCAGUUUGUCAGAGAUCAGCUGUGCUUCUCUGGUCUCGGCUCUUAAGUCCAACCCCUCCCAUCUGACAGAACUGGACCUGAGCUACAACAACCUGAAGGAGUCAGAUGUUCAGCAGCUGAAGGGUCUUGUAAAGGUUCUGAGGUGGGAACCAUCUUUGUUAAGGGAGAGAAGCUGAACUGUUUCCUGAUGAUGAAGCUGCAGCAGUUUGAGUUCAAAGAGUGUCGAAUUCACUGGGAUCUGUCAGAUUCCCCCCUUCAUUAAAAUAAUUAACAGUGGGAUAAUAUUUCAGUGCAACUGAGGAGGUACUCAUCUGUUAUGUUGUAUAUAAACCUUGAUUGAAAAUUAACAGGGGAUCACAA